AUGACAAACUCUUCUGCAGCAAAACCACUCAAAGAGCUGAAGAACGAUUUGGCAACUGAAUCUGUUCGGUCUCCGGGAGGUCCAGGCCACCAUCUACAUACUAGCAACACCUUUCCACAGAAUUACCGACCCAGAGUUGAUCUUUGCCAUUGGAAGCUUUUCGAUAGAUUCCAUGUUGUCAUGCUCCCAGUGCACGAGCGGGGCGCCCGCUUGACGGUCGCGCAGAAAUCACGCCACACUGCCCAUUACGAAACGUUCCUGGCUAGACAUCGUAAGCUUCCUGGCGUCAAUGUCGAGAAGCUUUCUCUUAUGCCUGGUGAUCCUGGCUAUGUCUUGUGGGCAUGCGAACGGUCACUGAGGGAUGGCGUUUCUGAGGCGGUUGCCCUCCAGUUCGAGGGUGAUGAGUUGGCUAGACUGCUUGACCAACGCCUACAUUCGAGGCUGAGAGGCCACAUUUACCUCACGCCCUGGAGUUACGUUGACAACCUCCAUUCUUUGGCUACUAUCCAAGAAGUGAACGCUACGACUUUGAUUCCAACUGUAAUGAAGCUACCAGGGCUAUGGAGCUGUGAGCAUCGAUAGAAUCUGCAGCAGCUGAUGCGGUCGCCGUUAUUCGAUUGCCAGUAGGGAGAACCUCAAAGAUAAUCAUCAACCGCGAGUACCUUCAAGUCCGCAGUCUCCAGUCCCAGGUCUAGGAACUACCAUGAUCAUUAUCAAACUGCAAUCAUUCCCGUUCGACAAGGUUGUUGAGUAUCCUCAGAAUCGGGCUAUACCUCAGAAUAUGCGUCAGUUUCAUAUAAACAACAAAGG